AUGACGGACUCAUCAACGCCAGAUAUGACCUUAACGGUCCACCACCAUGGCAAACCACACACCUUCACCCUGGCCCCGGACGCAACACUGCAAGACCUCUCCUCCACCAUCGCCGACACCCUCAACAUCCCAAUCGAGAACCAGAAAAUCCUCAUCGCCCCGAAACCAGGCAUGCAGAAGCACCCCUUCGCGCCGACCCCGCUCUCAACCCUCCUCCCCCUCACCUCUCCCAAAUUCAAACUCACCCUCCUCGGCACCCCAGCCCAGGAAAUCGAAUCCCUGAACGCCCAAACAGCCGAAACCCGCCGCCGCCUUGAAGCCCGCGCCGCCGCUGCCGCAAAACACCGCACCCGGCGCCCCGCUCCCAGCAUCGCAGGGGGCAUCCACACCCUCUCAAGCGCCGGCAGCAACACCUACACCUUCCACCGGCUCCUCCCGCUCUCAUACCUGCCCAAUCCGUCGCGGUCGCUGGAGUUUCUGGCCCGCCUGCGUGACGACCCGGGCAUCCGCGCCGCCAUGGCAAAGCACCGCUUCUCGGUCCCGCUGCUGACGGAGAUGGAUCCGGCCGAGCAUACCACGAGCGAAUCCCGCACGCUCGGUCUGAAUCGGAAUAAAGGCGAGGUGAUCGAGCUGCGGCUGCGCACGGAUGCGUACGACGGAUACCGCGAUUACCGGACGAUUCGCAAGACGCUGUGCCAUGAGCUGGCGCACUGUGUGUUUAGCGAGCAUGAUCGGGAUUUCUGGGAUUUGACGGCGCAGAUCGAGAAGGAGGUGGAGCGGGCGGAUUGGAAGCAUGGGGGAAGGAGGUUAACGGAUGAAGAGUUUUAUAAUCCCGGGGACUGGGAGCGGGAGAAAGAUGCGGCUGUGGUGGAUGAGAGGGGGUGGACGGGGGGCGAGUUUGUGCUAGGGGGGUUGAGGGAUGAGAGCAGUGGUGUAGAAAGUCGACGGGAGAUUAUAGCUCGCGCGGCGGAGGAGAGGAUGCGCAGAGAGAGGGAGAGAGAAGGGGCACAGGGAGGUGAUAGAUGA